GUCUACUUCUUAAAAGAACUAAAACCAAAUAACAAAAUCAUUGUAAUAACAUGGCUUUCAAGUUUGUCUUUGCACUUGCUUUCGUAGCUGUAGCCAGCGCUGGCUAUAUUCCAGCUAAUCAAGUUUAUCAUGCUGCUCCCGUUGCCGUACAUGCCGCACCAGUAGCUGUUGCUCAUAAUGUUGUGGUCAAAUCUGAAGAAUACGAUCCUCAUCCACAAUACAAAUACUCUUAUGGUGUUGAAGACAAAUUGACUGGAGAUUCCAAGAGCCAAGUUGAAGAACGUGAUGGAGAUGUUGUUCGUGGCGAAUACUCAUUGAUUGAUGCUGAUGGUUACAAACGUACCGUUCAAUACACAGCCGAUGAUCAUAAUGGUUUCAAUGCUGUCGUUCACCGUGAACCUCUAGUAAAUGCUGCCCAUACUAUUGUCAAAACUGUUGCUCCAGUAGCUCAUUAUGCUGCUCCUACCGUUGUAAAGACCAUUGCUCCAGUUGCUCACUACUCAGCACCUGUUGCCCACUAUUCGGCACCAACAGUUGUUAAAACUUUUGCUCCUGAAACUCAUUAUACAGCUCCAGAUCAUUAUACAUCUUAUGCUGCCCCCACUUAUGUGAAAUCUGCUGAAGUGUCUCAUUAUGCUGCCCCUACUCAAUACACCUCAUAUGCUGCUCCCUCUUAUAACUACCAUCAUUAAACUUUAAUUCUUGAAUGCUUCGAUUCAUUUAGAUUAUUUUUGUUAUUAUUUUGUGUAUAUUUUUUAUUUAAUAAAAAAAUUUAUUUAUAAAUAAAUUGUUCGUAAUUUUGUUAAAUUAAUGGGAAAAAUUAUUA